UACUAUUGUGCUGGAAUGUGUAGAUUAUGCAGGGUAUAGGCCAAAAUAAGGUAACUUAUCCAAAUAUACAUCUGCUUUUGUUGUACUAUAAUUAAUAUGAAUUGUAGUUUAAAGAAAAACCAUUGGAGUGUAUUUGAAAUAAUAACUUAUUCCAUUUAUAAAAAAAUUCUCGCAAUUUGAAAAUCAUUUGUAAAAUUUAUUGUAAAAGAUGUCGGUUUUAUGUCUAAUUUGCAAAGAAAAAUUGAUAAGUUACUCGCCUGGUGGGUUAAAUGGUUCAUUAUUGGAGCAAUUAGUAGAAAAUGUGGUGAUUUCAACAAGCUGUGGCCACUUGUAUCAUUAUGAAUGUCUUCAAAGUUGGUUUAGAACUCAAAAAAUUAAGAACCAAAAUAGCCCUGGAACAGAAAACGGAAACAUUUGUCCAUCAUGCUUGACUCGAGUGAAAGAAGAGGAAAAUCGGCGAAUUUAUUUACUCGAAGAUCAUGUCGAAGCGUUGGAAAAGGCCAAGCUCCUGGAGAGGCAAGAAAAUUUGGAAAUUUAUUGCCAUCAAUUAGAAAUUCAAUUACAUCAACUCCAGCGAGAAAAUGAUGUUAUGGUCAACACAAUCCUGACCCCACCGACGUCACCUUUAGAGGAUUAUGACACAAUUGUGAAAAAUGACCGUGUAAAAUGGAUGAGGAAGGAUGAAGAACCGCUGAGUGGCGUUGUGCUAUCCAUUUUUAAAAAAGAGGGGAAGCUUUGUGCAAAAAUACGACUCGACAGAAAGAUAAGAACUACACAACGAAGCAAUAGACUUUUUAGCUCAUUUCGCACGGACAAGAAACAGGAGGUGACAAUUCCCUUUGAAGAAAUUAUGCUAGAAAAAGAUGUGAAUGCAAAUAAGUCGACAAGUUCAAUAAGUUCUUCGAGCACUGCGAAUAAUACGAAUCCGGGAUUAUUUAGUAAUAUGAGUGCAUAUGGAAAGUCACUCUCAUCGACGAAUAUUUACCCGAUGUACAACAAUACCUCAAAUUCUUCCAUCAACAUGAGAAACAGUACUUUGAGCCUUCCAGGAGAAUCGAAGCGUCUUUUUGGGAUAAGGGAAUCCAUGAAUGAAUCCACCACAUCAAUUAAUGCAGAGAACGAAGACAACUACGUUAAUAAUCACGUGACCGCCACAGACCACGCUUCCCCCACAAGACCAACGCUGAACAGGAGUGUGAGUUAUUCUCCAGGAUUUCCAGUGGGAAGUUCUACUUCAAAAAAUGAAAAUCGAUUUAGUCAUCAAGGAUCUUCAUCUGUGUCCAGUUCUAGUGCAUCGUUAGAUCAGCAGAGAGAUUAUGUUGUGAUCACUCCACCUUGGAUGAGGAGCAAACCGCAGCCAAAACAAGUAGACAGCAGAGGUUCUCCACCAGAUUACAAAAACAAACACGUAACGUUCGCAGAUGACCAUGCUGUGCCAAAAUUCACAUUUGCAACUUCGUCCAGUAAUGCUGGAACGUCGUUAGAAAAGGUACCAGAAUCUGGGGAAUCAUUGUCAUCGAUAAAUUCGGACACACCAUACGUAAAUUUUCCUUCUUCCGUUGUUUUCCAUGAAAAGCGAGAUGCUCCAAUUCAGUCGAAAGUUACUGGUCCAACACCUCCACCUCGGCCCAUUAUUUCUCUUCCGUCAAAUUUAGAUAGCCAAGAUUCGCAAGAAUUUGGCACCACCGAUGAUGGCAGUGAGCUUAACUUCAAUCCUAAUCCUGUGCCAUUAACUCCAGAGGAUGAUGAGGGCAAAGAAAUUGUUCCAUCAAAUGUAGCGAUAGUUUCUGCAGCCCCUGAAAAUAGUGGAUCUAUUUCUGACGUAUUUGAUGAGGAACUUGAUGAGACGCUGGCACUGAAUAAUGACAACUGUUUCGGAGUUACACUUCUGUCCUUACUAUAUGAGUCCAAUGGAUUUGACCAACAAAUGUUAAUGUAUAGCGCGCAGGAUAACGAGUUUUGUAGAACAGUGAAAUGGAUAAUUCGGGAAAAAUUUGCUGUUCCGUUGAGGCAAUCAAACUCUGUUCAUCCUGAUUUUGCAUAUUUGUUGAAAGAGUCGUUAGCACAUCUAUGUUCUGGCACUUUAGAUGUUGAGGAACUUCUGACCAUCUUAUUUGAAUUUACUUACAAAAUGACUCCGUUCAUAAAUUACUCAUUAGAUAUGUGUGAUUACUUGCAUCAGUUUUUCAUCGAUUUUACGGACAAGUCCAAAAUUCGAAGUGUUUUAGACCUUUUUGAAAAAAGCUUGCAGCUUCAAGACAAUCUCAAACUGGAGGAUACUCCGAGUCCCUCUCUGAUUCUGCAAAUGCCACAUUCUUCCAACGAUGGAGUAAUUCACUAUGAUGCGAUAAUUCCAAACCUGACAAUGGUAAUUGACCACCUCAUCGAUAAAAAGGAUUCUACAAAUUAUUUACAAAAAUGCUACUGUGAUCAUUCAGCAACAUUGCAAUGUAAAAAAUGUUCCGAGGUGCAUGGAAGCGGUGCAGUUUUGUUUUGUGAAGAAUGCAAGGAUUUAUUGGAAGGACUUCAUAUGAAGACGGACCACGAAUUGGAGAUGACUCCAAUUUCCUCCUCGUCCUCAUUAACCCUUUCUCUGUCCGCAUUAAUUUGCUUGAAGGACAAUCAGUACUCCGUGUUCUUGAAGGAUGGCAGAGACACGUAUAGUCCAUGGGUGUACGUGAAUGGCGUCGUGAAUGGAAAGUUGCAGAUUAAGGAGCUUUCUGGAUUUGGAUAUUGGUUGGAAAGUUUAUUGGACGAAGAGAAGCAAGUGAAUCUUGAAGAAAUUCCGGUGUUACUACAAAAAGCAUUAAAAUACUGCAGAGUAUUGUUUUAUGUUCCAGAAAGAUCAUCAUCAUCAGAGGUGUAAUUAUUAUGCUUUUAUAGGUGUUGAUUGAUAAUACGUUUGUAAAUAAAUUAUCUUACUUUGUGAAAAUUUA